AUGAGGUUAUUGUCUGGUGAUUUGACACCCGAAGAGGCACAGGAACUUAAGGAAUUCUCUGAGUGGAUAUUAAAGGUUGGAGAAGGUAAAAUUUCAGAGCCUAACGAUGGUGAAGCUGAGAUCGAUAUUCCUGAAGAGUUUUUGAUUAGCGAUUCUGAUGAUCCUAUAGAAGCCAUAAGCAAAGCUGUAUUGUUGAUAACACCAUCAGAUACUAGACUGCCUUUUAAAAUGCGUAGAAGGCAAUUGCCUUUGGCUGUGGCUUUUGCUAUAACUAUAAACAAAAGCCAAGGGCAAUCAUUAUCCCAAGUUGGUAUCUUUCUACCAAGACCGGUGUUUUCACACGGACAGCUAUACGUGGCAAUUUCUAGAGUGACAUCGAAGAAAGGGUUGAAAAUUUUGAUUCUGGACAAAGAUGGUAAGCCUAAGAAGACAACCAUGAAUGUUGUUUUUAAAGAAAUUUUCAACAACCUUGAAGAGAAUGAGUGAUGAGGUAUGUCUCCUGAACUACUUAAUUGUAUUUUUUGAAAAAAUGUAUAUUAGAUUUUCACAUAUUUGUGUAAUGCACCUUAACUUAAUCUGGUAUAAUUUUGUUCAAUGCAGAUUUAAUCGCAGCAAGAAUGUCGAUUCUACAGCCAGCAACACGCAGCA